UUUUUUUCUUUUUUUUUUCCACCUCAACUUUAUAUCUUUCAAUAUGGCCGAAAACCACGACGACCACACUUUCGAGACUGCCGAUGCUGGAGCUUCUUUGACUUUCCCCAUGCAAUGUUCCGCUUUGAGAAAGAACGGUCAUGUCUGCAUCAAGGGUAGACCUUGUAAGAUUAUUGAAAUGACCACCUCCAAGACCGGUAAGCAUGGUCACGCCAAGGUCCAUUUGAUCGGUACUGAUAUCUUCACCAGCAGAAAGUACGAAGAACUCUGUCCUUCCACUCACAACAUGGAUGUCCCUAACGUCAUCCGUAUGGAAUACGCUCUUCUUGACAUUGAUGAUGGUUUCCUCUCCUUGAUGUUGCCCGAUGGUAGCACUAAGGAUGAUGUCAAGCUCCCUGAUGGUGAGCUCGGUGAAAAGUUGGAGGAAGAUUUCAACGAGGGUAAGGAAAUCUUGAUCUCUGUUGUCUCUUCCAUGGGUGAGGAACACUGUUUGUCUUACAAGGAUGCUCCUAAAUAAACAUCUUUCAUCUUUUUUUUUGAUUGAAAAUUUUUUUCCCUUUUUUCCACAAAAAAAAUAAUAAUAAUAUCGGUCUCUCUUUAAAAAAAAAUUUUUUUUUUUUUUUUCUUUUUUUUUUUU